ACAUCACACACCAAUCCCUCUUCAAACAUUUCAGUCCAAAGAUCAAGUGUUAUAUUCUCUCUAUCCUUUCUCUCCCUCUAGUCCCUCUCAUACAUUCUUUCUUUUCAUUAUUUACUCCUACAAAACUAGUCUUUAUCCAUUUCCUAAUAACACCCCCUACUUAAAAAAUAAAUGAAGUUGCUAUCUACAAAAGCCACAUGCAAUUCUCAUGGCCAAGAUUCUUCAUAUUUCCUAGGUUGGCAGGAAUAUGAAAAGAACCCUUACGAUGAGGUGAAAAAUCCCAAGGGAAUUAUUCAGAUGGGUCUGGCUGAAAAUCAGUUAUCUUUUGAUCUACUAGAGUCUUGGCUCGAGAAGAAUCCAGAUGUAGCAGGAUUCAAACGUGAUGGAAAAUCAAUAUUCCGUGAACUUGCUCUCUUCCAAGACUACCAUGGUCUUCCUUCAUUCAAGAAGGCAUUGGUAGAUUUCAUGGCUGAUAUUAGAGGAAACAAAGUCACUUUUGAUCCAAACCACAUUGUUCUAACGGCAGGUUCCACUUCUGCAAAUGAGACUCUCAUGUUUUGCCUUGCUGAACAAGGAGACGCUUUUCUCCUACCCACUCCUUAUUACCCAGGAUUUGAUAGAGACUUGAAGUGGAGAACUGAGGUGGAAAUAGUUCCAAUACAAUGCACAAGCUCAAACAACUUCCAAAUAACUGAAUCAGCUUUGCUACAAGCUCAUGAAGAAGCAAAGAAGAAGAACCUCAAAGUCAAAGGGAUCUUAGUGACAAACCCAUCAAACCCACUUGGCACCACAAUGUCUCGAAAUGAAUUGAACCUUCUCAUUGACUUCAUCAAAGACAAAGACAUGCAUUUAAUAAGCGACGAGAUUUACUCUGGGACAGUUUUUACCUCUCCAAACUUCGUCAGCGUCAUGGAAAUCGUUAAGGACAUAAACGACUUUAAAGAUUUUGACGCUGACGUUUUGGAGAGAGUUCACGUUGUUUAUAGUCUUUCCAAAGACUUAGGUUUACCAGGUUUUAGAGUUGGUGCUAUCUAUUCCGAAAACGAUAAAGUUGUUUCGGCUGCAACGAAAAUGUCUAGCUUUGGUUUGGUUUCAUCACAAACACAAUAUCUUCUCUCAGCUAUGCUAGGUGACAAAAAAUUCACGAGAAACUACUUAUCCGAGAAUAAAAAAAGACUUAAAAAACGACAAAAAAUGCUUGUUUCAGGGUUAGAGAAAGCAGGUAUUAAUUGUCUCAAAACAAAUAAUGCCGGCUUGUUUUGUUGGGUUGAUAUGAGAAACCUUUUAAGUUCCAACACAUUUGAAGCUGAAAUGGAGCUAUGGAAGAAGAUAUUAUAUGUUGUUGGGUUAAACAUUUCACCUGGUUCGUCGUGUCAUUGCGACGAACCAGGAUGGUUUCGUGUUUGUUUUGCUAACAUGUCGGAAGAUACUUUAAACCUAGCUAUGAAAAGGUUAAAGGACUUCGUUGCAAACUCGAAUGGUGAAGGGUGUAGUAGCAAUAAUAGUAGUAAGAAAAGUAGAAGAAUUACCCAAUCUUCUAGAAGGUUAACGAGGAAGUCGUUUUCGAAUUGGGUUUUUGGGCUAUCGUCACGUGAUCAUCGUGAACAAGAAGAACGAUAGUAUGGUCAUGGUGUGAAUGAUGCUUGAUAGAAGGAAUGCAUGCACAUGCAACAAUUGUUAUUAUUAACUUUUUGGGGUAUUAUUAUUAUUAACUUUUACUCCUCGAAUAUAUAUUUUCGGUGGAGUUAAUAGGAUCCUACUUUGUUGUUUUAAUUUAUUUGUAAUGUGAAAUUGUAGAUAGAAAUUAAGAACAACGCACUCUGUCCAUUUGGAUGUGAAGUGUGAGUUUGGUUCUGAAAUGUUAAAUAUGGAUCAAUUUCGUUACAUAUGCAUGAAAA